AGUUGAGUUUUCAAGUUUCGAUCCCUAAUUAACUUACCAAAAGCCUUUACCGUUUGUUAAAAGAAAGAAAAAAAGAAUUAUUCUUAGCUGAAUGCAAUUUUAUUAAAGAAAGAAUCGAAUCUUAUAUUAAAAUGGAAUUUUGGUUCUUUUUAUCGAAUAAUUGCGAAUUGAUGGCGUGAAAUUCCUCAACAAAUCGUCUUUUGGCGUCUCCUCUUCCCGCAACGAUUAAGAUUAUUUUUGGACGAUCUUCCUUCAAAUAGAUCGUUUUACCUCAGAUACGAGAUAGAGUGCUGGCAGUUUAGAGCAGGUUCAUGUAGAAAAUUGGAUAUUUUCAGUGUUGGUUAAAAUCUCUAGCCAUCAAAGCUUGGUUAGAUUUGCCUGGCAUUGAUAUAUUAAUAUAUUGCAAGCAGUAAGAUAUUAAUGGGGGCAUUGUUAAGCCUAAAUAGUUCUAGGGCUGGAAUGAGUGACCCCUUUGAUUCACGUGAUGAAACAUGCAAGAGGCAGAAGUUGUCAUCAUGUCUUUGUGAGGAGAACCCUAGGUUGAUUCCUAGCCUUCCUGAUGAGAUAUCCUACCAGAUUCUUGCCAGAAUUCCAAGGAUUAAUUACUUAAAUGUAAGGUUAGUGUCAAGGGCCUGGAAAGCUGCCAUCACAAGUUCUGAACUUUUCAGUAUAAGGAAAGAAAUUGGAACAACAGAGGAAUGGCUCUAUUUGUUGACUAAGAUUGCAGGUGACAAGCUUUUGUGGUAUGGUUUGGACCCUUUGUCUAGAAGAUGGCAGAGGUUGCCUCCAAUGCCAAUUGUUGCUUUUGAAGAUGAAUCCAAGAAAGGUCUAGCUAGCCUUCGGAUGUGGAACGUAGUGGGAUCGAGCAUAAAAAUUGCGGAUGUCAUAAGGGGUUGGCUUGGGAGGAAGGAUGGCUUGGACAGGAUGCGAUUCUGUGGGUGCUCCAUUGGUGCUGUUGAUGGCUGCCUCUAUGUGUUAGGAGGAUUCUCUAAAGCUUCAGCUUUGAGGUGUGUUUGGCAGUAUAAUCCAGUUCUAAACUCGUGGAGUGAAGUAAGUCCAAUGUUGACUGGUAGAGCCUACUGUAAGACUGGUAUCUUAAAUAAUAAGCUUUAUGUUGUUGGAGGCGUUACUAGUCGUGGUGGAUUAACUCCAGUUCAGUCCGCCGAGGUAUUUGAUCCUCAUACCAGUAUAUGGUCCCAAAUACCGAGCAUGCCAUUUUCGAAAGCUCAGGUUCUACCUACUGCCUUUCUGGCUGAUCUACUCAAACCCAUCGCCACAGGUAUGACAUCAUAUAAGGGAAGGUUGUUUGUGCCUCAGAGUUUAUAUUGCUGGCCUUUUUUUGUCGAUGUUGGAGGGGAAGUAUAUGAUCCUGAACUAAAUUCAUGGGCUGAAAUGCCAGUCGGCAUGGGCGACGGUUGGCCUGCAAAACAGGCAGGAACAAAAUUCAGUGUCAUCUUGGGCGGUGAGUUGUAUGCCCUUGAUCCAUCUAGUUCUCUUCAAAGUGCUACCAUCAAGGUAUAUGAUUACCAAGAUGAUGCUUGGAAAGUUGUUGUAGGAGAAGUCCCCAUUCCAAACUUCACAGAUUCGGAGACUCCAUAUUUGCUUGCCGGUUUACUCGGAAAGCUUCAUGUAAUUACUAAAGAUUCCAAUAACAAUAUCUCAGUCCUGCAAACUGAUGUGCAAAACCAUUUAACUUCACUACCAUCAGCUUCGUCAUCUUCACCAGAUAACUCCUCCAGUCUGCAUGCAGAGCCUGUGGAAUCUGCUGCAGCAUUCCAAAUAAAUCCUUGGAGGGUUAUAGCGGCAAGGACGGCCGGAUCUUCUGAACUAGUAAGUUGUCAAGUCCUUAAUAUCUAGUUCCAUCAUCAGCAUACAUAAGGAUCUGAUUUAGCAUUAACUUUCUAAGUAUUGGUUAACACAAUACUCUAUUGUAUGUCUAUUGCACUUCAUUAUUUUACCAGAAAUAUCGAUAUUAUAUCCUUGUAUAUAAUGUAAAGAAAUGAAAUUCUCCAAAUAUACUUGUUUUUAUAGACUUGUUGAAUUGGCUAAUUUUCUAACCUCAA